AUGGAUGUCAAUCGCGAUAAUUUUUACGAUGUUUUACCUCAAGUUUUACGAGAUAUCAACGAAGCGGACUAUGUAGCAAUCGAUGGAGAAUUCUCCGGAAUCCUAUCAUUCGAUAAAAUGAAUUAUUUCGACACGCCAGCUGAACGAUACAAGCGUCAUUAUGAAUGUGAUCGACACUAUAUGAUGGUUCAAGCAGGUCUCGCAAUGAUUCGAUGUACCAAUCACGAAGAGAAUCGCUAUACAUUGAAAGCCUACAACUUUUAUCUCUUUCCUGAAAAUGAAUCCGAUGCGUUUGACUUCCGAUCGAAAACUUCAUCAUUGCAAUUCUUAGCUGCGAAUCGUUUUGAUUUCGCUCAAUUAUUUCUCAAAGGAAUUCCUUUUGUUUGCAAGACGACUUAUUUAGAAAAACUUCGAACUCAACCACAUUCAUUAUCUCGUCGUAACAAUCGUCAGAUGGUCAAUGGUAAUACAAACGAAAAGAAAUUGGAUGCAAUGAAUUCUCCGAAACCAUCUGAAAUAGAAAAUAUGUCAGAUGCUGAGUUAUUAAGCAAAUCAAUGACAGGCUUUUCCGAAGUUAUUUGGAAACUCCAAGAAUCUGGUAAACCUGUGAUUGGACAUAAUCUUCACAUGGAUAUUUUACAUAUAAUCAAUCAGUUCUUUACACCAAUACCUGCUUCAUAUGAAGACUACAAAUCGAUUGUAAGAUCUUUAUUUCCAAAGUUGGUCGAUACAAAAACGAUUGCAUCGUCAUCAAUUUUCCAAAAUAUCAUCUCAAACACCGCACUAAAUGCUGUUUACAAAACUAUUCGUGAGCCGUCAUUUCCACAAUGCCGUUUUGAAACACCUGAAAAUUUCAAGUAUGGAACAGGCGAACACGAACAUACAGCUGGUUAUGAUGCAAUGUGCACAGCAGUUUGUAUGGUUAAGAUGAUGGCGUUUAUCGCUGAGAAAACAGAAUUUAAACAAAAUCCUGUUGAACAUACGUUGAUUAGUAAAUUCACUGGAAAGUUAUUUUAUAUGCGUUCGUUCGAUCUGAAAUAUUCAGAUCUUCUCAAUGAUGAUGAUUUACCCGACCGAUCGUGCGUAUUUUAUGUAACUCAUCCAGAAUCAUGUUCAACAGGAAAUAUCAAAGAAUUCUUUUCACAAUGGAAUCUUCUUUCAUACGAUCGAUUCGACACAAAAACACACAUCAUUGGAGUAUCAUUGAAGAAGGACACUGUAGAAACAAUGUUGACAAAAAUGCGUACUAAUGACAAGAACUUUGUCAUUACUCCGUACGCCGAAUUUCACAGCUUAGAUACUUCAAAAAUCAAAAUCAAAGAGCUCGAUCAUCUUCUCGACGUUGAUCCGGAAAAUAGAAGAUCUAAUAAACGACCUUAUGUCGAUAGAGAUGCGACUGAACCUACACCGGAAACUCCAGUCAUCUCGUUGGAAGUAACUUCUGACAUCAUACAAAAAUCAUCGCCAGCGACAAGAAGUCCAACAAUAGAACAAUUAAUUGAACAAAAACAGAAGGCGACAGGAGCGAAGAAACCGAAAUUAUUUGAUUAUGAUGAUGAAUGGUAA